GCAGACCAAUCAGCGGCAAGAUUUCUUCAAUGAUUUUUGCUGUCAGUCGAAAAACAUUGAGGUUUUGUUUUUAGAUACAGCUGAUGCUUGAAUUUGGCUACUAUCGGGACGUUGAAUGCAGUGUUAGAAUUUUGAAGCGCCAUAACUGAGGGAGUCCUGGUAAAAGAUGCAAAGAGGCAGAGGAUUUAGUUUCCAAAUGGGGCGGAAAACGACAAAUCUGCAGGCUGUCCCUCCACCCCCUUCUCUAGGGGUCAGCAAGCAGGGCUACAGUACAAUGGAUGCUAUCAGCCAAAACGCCCUUAGCAUAGGAAGCUAUGGAGGCCAAGCAAGGAAAAGGGCUCGCACGGACGAGGAUGACUAUUUUGACGACGACGAAGACAACAAGGCCCAGCUGGAGUACAUUCCAGCACCGGGAAGUCCGUCUUACAAACAGCAGUCUAGCAAACAAGACUCAGACUCUGAAGAGGACCCUUUAGAUGCAUUUAUGGCAGGCAUCGAGAAGGAAGUUAAGAAGAGCAGCGUCAAAGAGGAGGUUAUUGAGCCCAAGAAGGAGGCAGAGAAGAAGAAAGGAGUUCGAGAUGAUAUCGAUAAUGAAGACGAUGAAGAGUCAUACUACAGGUACAUGGAAGAAAAUCCAAACGCUGGAUUGAUGCAUGAAGACUCUGACGCAGAGAUUGAGUAUGACGAAGACGGUAAUCCUAUUGCGCCGCCAAAAUCAAAGAUUAUUGAUCCUCUGCCACCCAUUGAUCACUCGGCCAUUACUUAUGAGAACUUUGAGAAAAACUUUUACAUCGAGCAUGAAGAAAUUCACGGCAUGAGCAGAAGCACUGCAAUUGACCUGAGAUCCAAACUUGGUGUCAAAGUAACUGGGCCUUCCCCUCCUAAGCCUGUGACUAGUUUUGGCCACUUCAAUUUGGAAGAAAAUCUGAUGAAAGUUAUCCGAAAGUCCGAGUAUACACAGCCAACUCCCAUCCAAAGUCAAGCCAUCCCGACAGCUCUGUCAGGCAGAGAUAUAAUUGGUAUUGCCAAGACUGGCAGUGGUAAAACUGCUGCUUUUGUCAUUCCUAUGAUCACUCACAUAAUGGACCAAAAGCCUCUGAAAGAGGGUGAGGGACCGAUUGCACUGAUCUUAGCACCUACCAGAGAGCUUUCUCAACAGAUUUAUCAAGAGGCCAAAAAAUUUGGCAAAGCCUAUAAUCUGCAGGUUGUCUGCUGCUACGGAGGUGGCUCAAAGUGGGAGCAGAGUAAGGCGCUUGAAGCUGGAGCAGAAAUUGUAGUUGCAACUCCAGGUCGCAUGAUCGACUUGGUGAAAAUGAAAGCAACCAACCUCCAGCGAGUCACUUACUUGGUUCUUGACGAGGCAGACAGAAUGUUUGACAUGGGUUUUGAGCCGCAAGUGAGGUCUAUUUGCAAUCACGUGAGACCAGACAGGCAGACGCAGUUGUACAGCGCCACAUUUAAAAAGCGGAUCGAGAAGCUCGCCAGGGACAUACUGAGCGACCCAGUCAGAAUUGUGCAAGGUGACGUGGGAGAGGCCAACCAGGAUAUUACGCAGUUCGUCAAGCUUUUGAACGCACCUACGGCCAAGUGGACUUGGUUGCUAGCCAAUUUGGUUGAAUUCCAGUCGGCAGGAAGCGUUCUUAUAUUUGUUACUAAAAAGGCAAAUGCGGAGGAGGUAGCAAAUAAUUUGAAGCUCAAAGAAAAUGAAGUGCUGUUGCUACAUGGCGACAUGGACCAGGCGGAAAGAAACAAAGUCAUCACGUCUUUUAAGCGCAAAGAGGUCAACAUUCUAGUUGCAACUGACGUUGCAGCCCGAGGUUUGGACAUUCCGCACAUUCGUACCGUCAUAAAUUACGACAUUGCGCGGGACAUUGACACACACACGCACAGGAUCGGCCGUACAGGCCGUGCUGGGGAAAAAGGAACGGCCUAUACACUCGUCACGGACAAGGACAAAGAGUUUGUCGGCCACCUGGUGAGGAAUCUGGAAGGGGCCGCCCAGGAGGUGCCUGAGGACUUGAUGGAACUUGCCAUGCAGAGCUCCUGGUUUAGGAACUCUCGGUUUAAAGGUGGAAAAGGCAAGAAUGUCAGUGUUGGAGGAAAAGGACUUGGCUUUAAGGAACGGCCAGCAGGCGGAAGUGGUGGCAGCAGUUUCACCUUCCAGCCCAAGGAGAGCCAAAGUGAAAAAAUCUCUAAAUCUGCGGGUCCGGGCACAGAUCGGCUGUCAGCCAUGAGAAAUGCUUUUAAGCAGCAGUACCAAAGUCAGUUCAAGGCAUCAAAUGACGUGAGUUGGAAACAGAAUCUGCAACACAACGAACCAUCAUCUUCAGCAGGCAGUAGCGGUGGCAGUGGUGGCGAAAAGCGAAAGAAGAGCAGGUGGCAAUAGAAUUUUACAACUUAUGUAAAUUGUGAAAUUGUCCUCCCAUAACGUAAUUGUUGCGCAAAAAAACUUGUAAGAAUAAAUCCAUUCAAUGAGA